AUGCAGGACAGUAACUUCCUGCUGUCCGCCCUGCAGCCGGACGCCGGCGUGUGUUCCCUGGCACUGCCCUCAGACCUGCAGCUGGACCGCCGCGGCGCAGAGGACACGGAGAUCGAGCGACUGCGGGCAGCCCGUGUCCAGGAGCAGGUCCAGGCCCGUCUCCUGCAGCUGGGCCAGCAGGCCAGGCACAACGGGGCCGCUGUGCCUGUCGAGGGAGCCACAGAGGCCAGGAGAGGCCUGCCCAGAGGUCAGUACCACACCCUGCAGACCGGCUUCAGCUCCCGCUCCCAGGGCCUGAGCACAGACAAGACCUCGACCUUCAGGCCGAUUGCCAAGCCCACCUACAGCCCUGCCUCCUGGUCCUCGCGCUCUGCUGUGGACCUGAGCUCCAGCCGAAGGCUGAGCUCCGCCCACAACGGGGGCAACACGUAUGUGGCAGCAGGGUAUGGGCCAGUGCCACCCGCGGUGCCUGGGCCUGCCCGGCCGGUGUCCUUCCAUGAGCGCAACAUGCGGAGCGGCCGGGCUGACUAUGACACGCUGUCCCUGCGCUCCCUCCGGCUGGGGCCCACUGGCCUGGAUGACCGCUACAGCGUGGUGUCCGAGCAGCUGGAGCCCCCGGCUGCCUCCGCCUACCGUGCCUUUGCCUACGAACGCCAGGCCAGCUCCAACUCCAGCCGGGCAGGGCCACUAGACUGGCCAGAGGCUGCCGAGGGCCCCCCCAGCCGGACCAUCCGAGCCCCCGCCAUGCGGACCCUGCAGCGGUUUCAAAGCAGCCACCGCAGCCGGGGCACGGUUGGGACGGUGCCAGUGGCUGGGCUAGAGCCCGUGGCCCGAGCGCCAUCUGUGCGCAGCCUCAGUCUCAGCCUGGCUGAUUCCGGGCACCUGCCAGACAUCCCUGGGCCGGACAGCUACGGGGGCCACCGCACCCUGCAGAGGCUCAGCAGUGGCUUCGACGAUAUGGACCUGCCCUCGGCUGUCAAGUACCUCAUGGCCUCAGACCCCAACCUGCAGGUGCUGGGGGCAGCCUACAUCCAGCACCGGUGCUACAGCGACACCGCCGCCAAGAAGCAGGCCCGCAGCCUCCAGGCCGUGCCCCGGCUGGUGAAGCUCUUCAACCACGCCAACCAGGAGGUGCAGCGCCAUGCCACGGGUGCCAUGCGCAACCUCAUCUACGACAAUGCCGACAACAAGCUGGCCCUGGUGGAGGAGAACGGCAUCUUCGAGCUGCUGCGGGCGCUGCGCCAGCACGACGACGAGCUGCGCAAGAACGUCACAGGGAUCCUGUGGAACCUGUCAUCCAGCGACCACCUGAAGGACCGCCUGGCCCGGGACACGCUGGAGCAGCUCACAGACCUGGUGCUGAGUCCCCUCUCAGGGGCUGGGGGGCCACCCCUCAUACAGCAGAACGCCUCUGAGGCGGAAAUCUUCUACAACGCCACUGGCUUCCUCAGGAACCUCAGCUCAGCUUCCCAGGCCACUCGCCAGAAGAUGAGGGAGUGCCACGGACUGGUGGACGCCCUGGUCACCUACAUCAACCACGCCCUGGACGUGGGCAAGUGUGAGGACAAGAGCGUGGAGAACGCCGUGUGUGUGCUCAGGAACCUGUCCUACCGUCUGUACGACGAGAUGCCGCCAUCAGCGCUGCAGCGGCUCGAGGGCCGGGGCCGCAGGGACCCCGCGGGGGCGCCAGCUGGCGAGGUGGUGGGCUGCUUCACGCCACAGAGCCGGCGGUUGCGCGAGCUGCCCCUCACAGCCGACGCGCUCACCUUCGCGGAAGUGUCCAAGGACCCGAAGGGCCUCGAGUGGCUGUGGAGCCCCCAGGUCGUGGGGCUGUACAACCGGCUGCUGCAGCGCUGCGAGCUCAACCGACACACGACCGAGGCGGCGGCGGGCGCGCUGCAGAACAUCACUGCCGGAGAUCGCAGGUGGGCUGGCGUGCUGAGCCGCUUGGCCCUGGAGCAAGAACGAAUCCUGAACCCCCUGCUGGACCGCGUCCGGACGGCUGACCACCACCAGCUGCGCUCUCUGACCGGACUCAUCCGGAACCUGUCCCGCAACGCCAGGAACAAGGACGAGAUGUCCACCAAGGUGGUGAGUCACCUGAUUGAGAAGCUGCCCGGCAGCGUGGGAGAGAAGUGUCCCCCGGCCGAUGUGCUGGUCAACAUCAUAGCGGUGCUCAACAACCUAGUGGUGGCCAGCCCCAUUGCCGCCCGAGACCUGCUCUACUUCGACGGCCUCCGCAAGCUCAUCUUUAUCAAGAAGAAGCGCGACGGCCCUGACAGUGAGAAGUCCUCGCGGGCAGCCUCCAGCCUCCUGGCCAACCUGUGGCAGUACAGCAAGCUCCAUCGCGACUUCCGGGCGAAGGGUUAUCGCAAGGAGGACUUCCUGGGGUCCUAGGCAGGGCCUCAUGGAGGAGAGGCAGGCCUGCAGCACGGAGGCUCCAAGGGACAGAGUCCUGCGAACUGAACGGCAUUGCAGGCCCACAGGGCAAAGAUUUUGACGGAUGGGCCUCUCCGGACCUGUGUGCAUCUGCGAGAGGCUUGGG